UCUAUCCGAAUAUAAAAAUCAAUUUAGCUAUCAUUAUAUCAUUGGUGAUAAGAUGCUAUUUUUAGUCAUUAUAAAUUUAUUUUCUUUAUAAUUAACUAUUUUAAAUAGAUACAAAUUUCAAAUUUAACUAAACUCAACUAUUUUUAAAUUUUUAAUUACAAGUGUUCCUGUCUUGGUACCCAAGUUAAUUAAGAAUAAAAAAUCAUUCAUUCUCUGAUUUUUACGGCUUCAAUCAAGUUUGCUAAAACAUGUUUGAUUCAAUUAUUUAUAAUAAUAUAAACACCUCCAUCCCUCACGAUGUUGGUAAAAAUUGUGCAUAUCAUUUGAUUCCAUUUUAUCAGUGGUUUUUAGAAAUUUUUAUUGUGUCAAUAUUAAUUAUUUACUCAUUAAUUUAUACUUUCAAGAAUGUUACUUUACCAAAAAAAAUCAAAUACGAUAAUCGAGAAAGAACUGGUAAAAAAAUUAUUUUACUAUUGAUGGCUGUAUUUUUUGGAUAUGAAAUUGGAUAUAAAUUUUCUACUGAUACUAUUGUUCAUAUUUUGAGUCUGUGUCAUAUUGCAACAGCUAUUCAGUUAUACAUACUUGUUGCAAAACCAAGUCGACUCGUCACAGCUCUUUUUAGAAUACAAUUGAAUUAUUUAAGUGGACCAGUUCUCACGUUUUUGUUUCCUCAGUCUGAUUCUCGCAUUAUAUUUGCUCACAAAUCUGUAUAUUAUCUCCAACAUGGUAUGAUGUUUGUCAUUGUAAUUUAUUUAAUUCGAGUUGGGGGUGUAUACAAUGUUGGACCCUUGCAUGAUUUUAGCUGGAAUAUUUUAGCAAUAGCAAUAGCAGUUGCAUAUCAUUAUUGGCUUCUUUUACCUAUUGCAUUUGUAAGUAUAAAAAAAAAAAAAUUAACAAUUGUUACUGAGUUGUUUAUUAUUUAA